ACACACACACACACACACACACACACACAUUGUGUGUGUGAGCACACUAAACUAACAGCAAAUAUGAUCCUAUUUGGAUGUACAUCUCUGUAUCUAGAAUCUCUGUCUAGAAGCUAGAUAAUGACUAAUAGGAAUCUGGAUUUCCCUUGCUAAGGUAGACACAGGCUGUAUCCCAACCACUACAGAUAAAUUAAUGGGGAUAAAAUAAUAACAAAAGCCAAAGCAGGGAAGACCAAGGCUUAUGACAAAGGGCUGUUGGGGGGAGGGAGGGGAACAAAGACCCAGGACCCCUCGUGAAGUAUUAUAAAUGGCUUCCCCUUGCCAAUAUUAAUACAAUAUGCUGAGAUGCAAAUCUUGGGAAGGAGACACCCUGUUUGUCUCUCUUGUUUUAGGCCCUUCUUCAGCCUGAUUUCCCCCUAAUGAAAUAUUUAACACAUUCAGCAUCAAGGUUUUAUAAAGGCCUCGCUGCAAUUAAAUGUGUCACUGAGCCCAGGCAGUGUGCUGGGCUUUUUGGAGGGGUUUCUACAAUGAAACGCCUCCCUCAGUGGAUUGCUGGGUGCCUUGCCUUGAAUUACGAGGGUAAUACAAACAGGGCAAAAGUAACUGUAUUCUUCCUGAGGGCUGGGGUACAAAGAAAGAAGGAAGGAAGGGAAGAAGGGAAGAAGGGAAGAAGGAAAGGAAUGAAGGAGUUGGACUAAAGGCAUCCCAAUUGUGCCAGCCAUCUUACUGUUAGGGAAACAACAACAGCAACAGCAACAGAAGCAGCAGCAGCAGCCAUCAACUAACCUUGUAUAUUCUGUAAAUAAAAGAAGGAAAAACACAGCGACGGGUCAGCCUGCCCCAACUUGGUGUCCCUCAGAAUAUUUGGACUACAACUGCAGUCAUCUUCAGCCAACAUGGCUAAUGUGACACUCGCAACUUGCUUGAUAGCCACCUACCAAAACAAGUUUUCCCAUGGAUGAAGGAAACAAGACACAACAACAAGCACAACAGUAGUCUUCCUACUGCAGACCCCAGCUCUCCACCAAACCUUUCCUCAUCCAAGAGAAUCCGCACGGCCUACACCCAUACACAGCUGGUGGAACUGGAGAAAGAGUUCCAUUUUAACAGAUACCUCUGCCGACCGCGCAGGUUGGAGAUGGCCCAGCUUCUCAGGCUCUCUGAAAGGCAAAUCAAGAUCUGGUUCCAGAACAGAAGGAUGAAGUAUAAGAAAGACAUUCGGGCAAACAAGGGGACACUUAAAAAGUCCCCUAACAAAAGCCCUCAAGUGAGCAGCUAUUACAGUCAGGUGGAGCCAGAAUAUGAGACAGACCUACUGAGUUCCUGCAGCAAAACCCAGGAAGGAGUUCACAGCUCAGCAACUGAUGCAGAUCCUCUCUUCCUCAGCCCCUUAACUUCUGUUCCUUUGGAGUACAGCCCUCUGUCUAUACAAGGAGAAAGUCACCAUCAUGGACCUCCAGUUCUGCAGGAGAGCCCGAGUGAGAUGGGAGAAAAUUACCUGGGAAAUGUGCCUGAGGCUGAUUCACUCUUCAGUUUCCCUAACUGCUCUUUAGCAAACCUGGACUACAGCUGUUUUGCUGAACUCCCGGGCCACCACCAGCUUGGGCCUUCCAACUCACAUCCCGUUUUCACAGAUUUAACUACACAUCCUGUGCCUCAGGGAGAUUCUCAGGGACCUGUAAAUCUUAUGCAUCUGUGAGGGGCUCCCUGCCAUGGAAACCAAGCCAGGGAAAUUGCUACAGUCCUAUUAUCUCAUUAAGAAAAAAAUACCUCUAAGUGCAACCAAGAAUAUGCCUCCUUCCCCCUCCCCAUCUCUCUGCCCAACCAUUACCUCUUAUUUAUUUAACUGUACUGAAGACUAUUCAUGGGUGUGGGGGGAGGGAGGGAGGGCCGAGGGGUUGC